GGGCUCGGCCGCCAGCACUAAAGAUGGAGAGGCGCCGGGGCCUUGCAGGGGAGGGGGCUCGGCGUUGACGUGGGACGCGGCGGAGGCGCAGCAGCCGGUGGUGAUUUGCUAACCUCGCAGCAGAGAGGAGUUGAGGGCGAUGAGAGCGGGUACUGCGAACUGCCGGGCGAUGCUGUCGCUGCCGCCGUGAUACGGAGAGCAACAGUUCCCGAGCAACACCCCUCCCCGACACAGGCACACACCCCCCGACAGGCACGCACACCCACCCCACAGCGCCCGGCUCGGCUGCGCCCCCUCUAUUGGCCCAGGAAGCCCACCCUGCCCCGCCACGCAGAGCCCAGAAGGAAAGAGAGCCUCAUGCCUGAGCCGAGGGGAGCACCAUGGAUCUGACAAAAAUGGGCAUGAUCCAGCUGCAGAACCCUAGCCACCCCACGGGGCUGCUGUGCAAGGCCAACCAGAUGCGGCUGGCCGGGACUCUGUGCGAUGUGGUCAUCAUGGUGGACAGCCAGGAGUUCCACGCCCACCGGACGGUGCUGGCCUGCACCAGCAAGAUGUUUGAGAUCCUCUUCCACCGCAACAGUCAGCACUAUACUCUGGACUUCCUCUCGCCAAAGACCUUCCAGCAGAUUCUGGAGUAUGCAUAUACAGCCACGCUGCAAGCCAAGGCGGAGGACCUGGAUGACCUGCUGUAUGCUGCCGAGAUCCUGGAGAUCGAGUACCUGGAGGAGCAGUGCCUGAAGAUCCUGGAGACCAUCCAGGCCUCAGACGACAAUGACACAGAGGCCACCAUGGCCGACGGUGGGGCCGAGGAAGAAGAGGACCGCAAGGCUCGGUACCUCAAGAACAUCUUCAUCUCAAAGCAUUCCAGCGAGGAGAGUGGGUAUGCCAGUGUGGCUGGACAGAGCCUCCCUGCGCCCAUGGUGGACCAGAGCCCUUCAGUCUCCACCUCAUUUGGUCUUUCAGCCAUGAGUCCCACCAAGGCUGCAGUGGACAGUUUGAUGACCAUAGGACAGUCUCUCCUGCAGGGAACUCUUCAGCCACCUGCAGGGCCCGAGGAGCCAACUCUGGCUGGGGGUGGGCGGCACCCUGGGGUGGCUGAGGUGAAGACGGAGAUGAUGCAGGUGGAUGAGGUGCCCAGCCAGGACAGCCCUGGGGCAGCCGAGUCCAGCGUCUCAGGAGGGAUGGGGGACAAAGUUGAGGAAAGAGGCAAAGAGGGGCCUGGGACCCCAACUCGAAGCAGCGUCAUCACCAGUGCUAGGGAGCUGCACUAUGGGCGAGAGGAGAGUGCUGAGCAGCUGCCACCCCCAGCUGAGGCCGGCCAGGCCCCCACUGGCCGACCUGAGCACCCAGCACCCCCGCCUGAGAAGCAUCUGGGCAUCUACUCCGUGUUGCCCAACCACAAGGCUGACGCUGUGUUGAGCAUGCCAUCUUCGGUGACCUCUGGCCUCCACGUGCAGCCUGCCCUGGCUGUCUCCAUGGACUUCAGCACCUAUGGGGGGCUGCUGCCCCAGGGCUUCAUCCAGAGGGAGCUGUUCAGCAAGCUGGGGGAGCUGGCUGUGGGCAUGAAGUCAGAGAGCCGGACCAUCGGGGAGCAGUGCAGCGUGUGUGGGGUCGAGCUUCCUGAUAACGAGGCUGUGGAGCAGCACAGGAAGCUGCACAGUGGGAUGAAGACGUACGGGUGCGAGCUCUGCGGGAAGCGGUUCCUGGAUAGUUUGCGGCUGAGAAUGCACUUACUGGCUCAUUCAGCGGGUGCCAAAGCCUUUGUCUGUGAUCAGUGCGGUGCACAGUUUUCAAAGGAGGAUGCCCUGGAGACGCACAGGCAGACCCAUACUGGCACUGACAUGGCCGUCUUCUGUCUGCUGUGUGGGAAGCGCUUCCAGGCGCAGAGCGCGCUGCAGCAGCACAUGGAGGUCCACGCGGGCGUGCGCAGCUACAUCUGCAGCGAGUGCAACCGCACCUUCCCCAGCCACACGGCCCUCAAACGCCACCUGCGCUCACAUACAGGCGACCACCCCUACGAGUGUGAGUUCUGUGGCAGCUGCUUCCGGGAUGAGAGCACACUCAAGAGCCACAAACGCAUCCACACGGGUGAGAAACCCUAUGAGUGCAAUGGCUGUGGCAAGAAGUUCAGCCUCAAGCAUCAGCUGGAGACGCACUAUAGGGUGCACACAGGUGAGAAGCCCUUUGAGUGUAAGCUGUGCCACCAGCGCUCCCGGGACUACUCGGCCAUGAUCAAGCACCUGAGAACGCACAACGGCGCCUCGCCCUACCAGUGCACCAUCUGCACAGAGUACUGCCCCAGCCUCUCCUCCAUGCAGAAGCACAUGAAGGGCCACAAGCCCGAGGAGAUCCCGCCCGACUGGAGGAUAGAGAAGACGUACCUCUACCUGUGCUACGUGUGAAGGGAGGCCCGCGGCGGUGGAGCCGAGCGGGGAGCCAGGAAAGAAGAGUUGGAGCGAGAUGAAGGAAGGACUAUGAAAAAUAAAAAAGGAAAAGAAAAAAAAAAGAGAAGAAAAAGGAAACCUGAUAGCUUUUUGGCCUUGGAUUCUCUCUGGGCUCCAGAUGACCUGGAUGCCAAGCCACUGCCCCUCCUCUGGGGGCCUCCACCCUCCUCUCCUGGCUGGAGGUUUGCCUGAUUUUGUGGGAUGGGGUGGGGUAUUUUGUUCACUCAAAUGGUGGCACAUUUUUCUCCUCCCUUCACCCAGAUCUUCCUUUAUGUGUCCAGAAACGGAGGCUAGAAAGUAGGUGAGAGGUCCUCUGAUCAGAGCCACUCAAGUCUCUGCCGGCCUUGUUCCCGCAAGACCUCCAGAAGAUGAAGGCAGGGAGGAGGGGAGCCAGAAGGGUGCUCCUGGGCCGAUGGGGCUGGGCUGGGUCACUAGCUGCUCAAAACGGCAGCUCUAGUUUGCUGGCGGCCGACCGGGGAGAGGAAGGGCUCUGUUUGUCUUCCCACCACUCAGCCCACCUGCUGCUUUCCUCUGCUUUGCCACAUCUGGGUGUCCCCUGGUGGUCUCUGAGAGCCUCUGGACCCCUGCCCCUCCCCCAGCUCUUUGUUCCCAGCCUCCCCUUGACUCCUGUCCUCCAAGUCCCAGGGGAGUCUCAGCCCCUCAGGGACCUGGCGGUGUCUCCCUCCUUCUCCAGUUCCCUAGUGGGACAGCUGCCUCUGACUUCAGAGCCCCUCCUUCCCUCAGCCUUCUGAGAACACAAAACAAAUCCAGUACCCCACCCUAGUCCAGCCCCAUCGUGAGCAAGAUUCCUGCUGCGCUGCUUCCAAAAUGGAAAAGCAUCACAACUAAAUACCUAAUAUUUUGCCAAACAAACCACAGUCCCUACGUGGCCCUACUUCAGUCCCAGGAGAAGGAAUCCAUGAAAGGGCUGAUGUUCCAAGGGAAGGUUGUGGAUGUCUGUCUCUAGAGGGGCCCUACACCUGGGGAAGGGGACACCCAGCCCGUGGGGUGAGGGAAGCUGGGCAAGGGAGAAAGUUGUUGAGUCACACUGGGGACCCCAGAUGUAGUGAGCUCAGCAAGAAAAGCCAGGUCCAGAGAGAGUUGCACAGAAUUCCUGACUCACAGCGCCCCUCGGUCCACAGUGGAGAGGAGGAGGAGCAGAAGGAGGAGGAGGAGCAGCAGGAGGAGGAGGAGUUGAAAGCGCUUUGGCCUUGUGUUAUGUUUUGCUUCUUUUCUGUGUCUCCUGUUAGCACAUUGUACUUGAAUUACCUCAGUUUUUUGUGACCUCAUGAGCUUUUUUAACCUCUGUAUCUCUUUUUUUGGUUGGGGCUUGGAGGAAUGGGGAGGGUGUUCUUUUCUGUUUCUUGUGUAAAUUAAUAGUUGUUUUUAUAGACUUCAGCUGGCCAAGACCCUCCCCGUGCCCCUGGAGACCAGCCUCCCAGCUGGAAGGAACUGUGCAGGAGGAGUUGAUACUCAGGAUCUGAAUGUGAGGGCCGGGGAGGGCAAAAAACGUGGGUGGGGAGGGGAUGUUGCAUGGGGGUCCCAUGGUCCCCAAAGGGCACUAGGGAGUCACUGUCGGCUCCGCCGGUGCACGAAGUCACCUGUGGCCACCAUCCGUUCAGCCUAAAACACUCUGGAGAGAAUCCCACCUUUCUUACAAGUUGCUGGGCCAUUGAGGUUUGAGGGCCUGUGUUUGGAUCCUUGCAACUGUGUGGUCUCACCUCUGUGUGCAUUCUCAUUGCCAGAAUUGGCCUCUUCACGGCUGGUCUUUGGGGAGGGGGGCGGGAUCCAGCCUUCGUUUUGUUGUGUUGGGGUGGGGGUGUUGUUUUUCUAAAAGCUACCUCUUAUGUUUGUCCAGUUCUUUUGUUCCUUUCCCGCCUCCUACUCUGCUGCUCUUCCUCCCUCUUUUCCCCAACCUCCCCCGACCCUCCUGAAUUUUGGAAAGCACAUUUGCAAUAUUCGUGUUUGCUUUGGGACGGACCCUCCGUUUCAUCUCAUGCUUUAUGUGUAAGAGUUUUUUAUUGUUAUUUUUUCUUCCCUUUCUCUCGCCGAGAAAGUUGUGGCUGCGUUUUGAUCUUAGGUUUUACAAAGUGGUUUAGGGAAGCGGUUUCGGGGAGAAGGAUCACGAGGAAUGUAGGGAAGCCGGAGGGAUGGGUGCUGCUGUGACGACCUCCCUGUCCCUCGGCCCCAGCCCUCCUGCCCUCCCCUUCAAUCUCAUCCACCAAAUCUGAAGGCCUUAAAGUUGUGUGUUGGGAGGAUGCAAAUUGGGAGGACGGUGUCACUAGACUGUUGAUUAGGGAUGAUGAAGUAGGGAGGACGCUAUUUUGCAACUGUAAUAACGACUUAGUGUUUUGGAAAGGAAAAGAAGUUAAACUUGAAAUAUGUGACUAGAACAGUUGUCAUGUUUAUAAUGUGAAAAGGGUGAAAUCAUUUGGGGGAGGGGCCGUCUGUAAGAAAUCAGUAUGCACUAUAGCUUCCUCCUCUGGUCUGGGAAGAAGCAGGGACUGGCUGGCCCUCAGGGGAUCUGUAAAUCCCAGAAAACAGUAUUUUUAACAGCAAGAUGUCAUUCAACAUUGGUGGGGAAGGAAGAGAAAAAAAUCAAACUAUUCCAUAGAACUAGCUUACCCCCUCACUCCCUUGCCCUUCCCACUCAGCCUGGGCCCCUCCCCCCUCCAUUCAUAAAAGCUGAGAGGGUUGAGCUAAUCUUUACAAAUUGUAAUAUUUUUGUAGUAUCUGUUAGUUCCUUCGUCAGUUCUGCAGAACCUUGCCCUUUCCUUUUGUAAUGUGAAUAGGAAGACAAAAGACAAAAAAAAGUCCACCACCACCAAAAUAUCCCUUUGUACAUGUGUGUGCGUGUGCGUGUGUGCUUUGUGUGUGUGGUUGUGUGUUAAAUCAUGCAGUAUUGUCGUAAUCUGGUGUUGCAGCAUUGGAUGGUACUAAAUCAGCACACGGAUGCCCCACCCAACCCGAUGGGCCCUGCAGACCCCGGUAGGGAGGUAGGGGGAGAGCUCAGAGGAGUGUGGUUUCUGAGGGCUACUGUUUGGGGACACCUCUGAAUUUGCUGUACCCUCCUCUCCCCAUGACGACACCUGAAUAGAGUCUAACAUGCCUCUUCUCCAACUUCCUACCCACAACGACAGAACAGUUCUAAUGUUGCAAGGCCUAGUGGCCGGGGCAAGCUGAGAGGCUGUCUGGAGACUUUAUAUGUGUCUGGAGUUGGGGGGAGAGGAGGAGGGUAGAGGGAGGACCCUCCGCAGGUGGGAUCUGAAUAUCUGUCCUCCCCUCCUCUUCACGCUGUCUGACUCCUUCAGCCACCUGGCUGCCUUUAGCUGUGGCACUGCUGGUAACCCUGCUUGCUACUGCCUUAUCCAGCACGGUGAAAAACUUCUCCAGCCUGGCAAGGCCACGUUGGCUAAUAGUCCCUUUCCCCGUAUCCAGCUCCUACAAGUGUGUCCCUUAAUGCGUUUGGUGACAUUUACACCUCACUCGUGCUCUUUCCCUGUUCACUCCUUCACUCAUUCAAAGCAUUAAAAUCCUAUGUAUAUAUAGGAUAGACAAAUAUAUAGAUAUAUAGAUAUAUAUAUAUAUAGCAAGAGAUUGAUAUAAAAUAGUAAAUAUCAUUGCUGCUUUGGGCUGCUUUGGAGGAGGAGGCCAUGAAUAUGGGGAAGGCAGAUCUGGGGUGCAGGGGUGGGUAGGGAGGCUGGGGGACCCAGUGAUUCAGUACAAUCCAAGGGGUGCAACGCGGGCUUGUUUAAUCUUUGUGCCUGAACAGUUUUUCCAUGUUGAGAAAAAAA